UAUCUCUUAAAAUUCUUUACAGAGUUCAUUUCACAAUUGACCCAACUGCCCAUGACGUCAUUGACCAGAAUAUACAGUAAUUUACCGAAGUUGAAUGAAAUGGAGUUUAAGGAGCUUCUGCUGUUUGUGAUUACUUUGUGUUUGAGUGCACUUACCUCGCCACAGGACAGCUGUGGGCAGCGACCCCUGGUCGCACCCCCGGGUAUGUCCCGUAUAGUGGGGGGCCGGGAGGCUCCCGAGGGGGCUUGGCCUUGGCAGGUCAGCAUCCAGAUCCAGUCAAUACACCACUGCAGCGGCACGAUUGUCAGCAGCCUCACGGUGCUCACUGCAACACACUGCUUCCACAAAUUCCGAAGCAUCAGCACAAGCCAUUUCCGUGUGGUGGCAGGACUUUGUGCGUUAUCUGCUCCAGGAGAUCAAACCCAGAUCCGCUCCAUCAGCAAAGUCCAAAUGCACGAGGACUACAAUGACGUCACGUCUGACAACGAUGUGACACUCGUUCUUCUCAGCUCUCCCUUUGCCUUCACUGACUACAUCCAGCCUGUCUGCACUCCUCAUAAUGUGACUCAUGAGCUCAUCCUCAACUUCAGCCAAUGUUUCAUCACCGGAUGGGGGAGCACCUAUUACACAGGGGGGCAGACUAACAGAUUGCAGGAAGCUGAGGUGGAGCUUAUCGACAGGAGAACUUGUAACCUGAUGACCUGGUACAAUGGCCUCAUCACUGAAAACAUGAUCUGUGCUGGGCUGGAGAGCGGGGCAUCUGAUUCCUGUCAGGGUGACAGCGGCGGCCCCCUGCAGUGUUACAGCGAGGACGAAGACAGGUUUUAUUUGGUCGGAGUGACGAGCUUCGGAUACAUGUGCGGAGUUCCUCGCAAGCCAGGGGUGUAUGCCAGAACCAGCAGGUUUGCAGCGUGGCUGAAUACGUGUCAGACCGCAUCAGCGCCUGCUGCACACGGACUACACACGGGACUGAUCUCAGCUCUGCUCUGUGUGCCUCCAAUGCUGCUGUUGAACCCACAUUAAUAGACAUAUACAAGCUCAUUAGAUGUUUCUUAUCUGUUCAAAUGGAAUUGGUAUUUUCAUUUAACAUGUAAUGUAAAAAAUGUAUUUAUGCGUAGUGACAUUUGAAUGAGGUGAUGUAUUUUAGACAUGGACAGGUGAUAAAAGCUGGUUUUAUCUAAACAUCAAAUAUUACCAUCAAACAAUACAUAAGGAGCAAAAAUCUAGCUACUCCAUUCCAUCAAGGCUUACUCCCUGCUCCUCCUCAGACAUCCACACCCCACCACCCAGAUCUCACAAAAGUGUUAAGUGUAACAGACUAGUACAUAGAAUCAAUACAACAUGCAAAACCACUAAAGGCUGUGAUUAAUGCAUCAGCCAAUGCAUUAAGAUAGCUUCUAUUAUAUGAAGGUAGAAGUUCAAGCUCAAGUUAUGUCCAAUAUGUUCAUAAACUGUGCAGUAAAAGAAAUCACAGGGAGCAAAUCCGGUUUUACUUGAACUUGUAAGACUGCCACCUGGUGGAAGGAAGAUGCUUUUUUCCUUUAAUGCAGCAGCAGUUUCCUGAAACCUCCAGAGAGGUUUGCAAGGGAAAUAAACACGGCACGAGAAAUGCUGACAAAGGAUUUCUCUUUUUUUUUAUUUGACAUGAAACACAUCCAAUGACAGUGUGACAGUGUUGGUUUUGCUUUUUUUAGUCAAGUAAGACAUGUUAGAAGUUAACGCACCAUUGACUAGUUCAUAAUGUCUUUGCUGCAGCUCGACGAUGCAUAGUGAACAGAUAGUUGUUGAGGUAUACAUUGUGGGCCCUUGAGGUUCUCUUUUGUGUGAAAGAUCCUAAUUCCAUUACCUCACAUGUACAUUUAAAUUUUGUGCUUGAAUAACUUGAGGUUUGAA